AUGCUUCAUGACGUGAUAGCGAGGUCAUUACAACAACCUCAGGUGCAACCUCAGCCACUCGUGCCACCACAACCUUCAGUUAGUACACCGAUGUUACCGUUGAUAACUGCCAUGAAAAAUAUGAAGACACCACAUUUUGAAGGAGGGACAGAUCCAUUUCAAGCUGACCAGUGGCUUCGAACAAUGGAGAAAAACUUUGAGACUGUGACAUGUUCCGAAGAAUCUAAGAAGAAGAUGACAGUGUAUUACUUAGACAAAGACGCGGCAGAAUGGUGGGAGAGUAGGGAUCGCCAAGUAGGACAUCUGGUCACCACUUGGGUGGCAUUCAAACAAGAAUUUGAACGCAAAUACUUCACUCCUGAAUCUAACCGAAGGCUUCAAUGUCAGUUUGCAAACUUGGUACAAGGAGAUAAGACGGUUAGAGAAUAUGAAUCUGAAUUUAUGCGACUGCGACGACACAUGUUGCGAGGACAAGAUGAUGAGGAGACCAUGAUAUCUAAUUUUAUGUUUGGUCUUAAACUAGAGUUAGAGAAUAGACUAGCAGUCGGUAACUACGAGAGUCUCACCGAGCUAGUGGAAAAGGCUGUGAAUGUGGAGAUUGGAUUGGAAGCUGAGAAGGCGGCAACUAAGAAAUCCAAGCAGCAUCAAGAAGGAAAGUAUGGUGGAAACCAAAGAUCUUUUAAGGGUAAAGAUAAGGAAAAGGAAUCAGGAGGGCCAAGUCGACGAUCUCUGUUCACAGGGAAAUGCUUUAACUGUGGCAAGAUAGGCCAUAAGUCAAGUGAAUGCUACGGGAAGAAACCUGGAUCCUUUCAGUCAAACUCCUACAAUCCUACAUGUUUCACGUGUGGAAAGAAAGGGCACAUCUCUACCCAGUGCAGCGUCAACCGUCCUAUCCCAACUACGCCAAUCACUGUCCAUCCUCCUCCAGCUCCACCUGCAAUCGCACCAUCGCCAAAAAGGCAAGCUAUAGGAGGUAGAGUUUACGCUUUAGAACUAGAGGAUACUAAACUUCCAGGCCCAUCUAAGGGUCCUAUCACAGGAUCUUUACAUGUUGCGGGACGUCCCACACAUGUAUUGUUCGACUCGGGGGAAACACAUAGCUUUGUGGCCCCUGAGGUAGCUGCCGAGUUUGUGGGUUCAUUUGUGAUUGACAGGAUGGAUGUGGCUGUGAUGACUCCCGGAGACCAAACCCUCCAAGCAAAAGAAUGCCUCAGAAGAGUUCUGUUAGUCAUUUGCGAGAAGAUGUUCUUGGCAGAUUUGUUGGUGGUGCCCUUAAAAGGAUAUGAAGUUAUCUUAGGCAUGGAUUGGUUAUCAGGCUAUCGGGCACAAUUAGAUUGUGGAAAAGGUCGUAUUUCGUUCAAGGAGAACGGGCAACGGCAAAUAGUGUUCUACGGGAUCAGUCCAAGCAAGUCUGUGUCUUUAGUAGCUGCCUUGAGAGUGGAAGAUUUGCUUAAGGAUGGAGAAGCGUAUCUGGUAACAGUAACUGCUAGUAAAGGACCCGCUAGCAAUGAAGUUGAAAUUACGGAUAUUGCGGUAGUACAAGAGUUUGAGGAUGUGUUUGCGGCGUUAAAAGAGUUACCUCCACCUCGGAGUAACCCUUUCACAAUUAACUUGGAACCUGGAGCUAAGCCGAUAGCAAAGGCUCCUUACCGCAUGGGACCCGCAGAGUUGAAGAAACAACUUUGA